AUGGCUUCAGCAGCUUCACCGCCUGAGCCCGUGAACGGCUCCGGCUACAAGCCCAGAUACAUCGAUAUCGGUAUCAAUCUCACCGAUCCCAUUUUUCGUGGACGAUAUCAUGGCAAGGAGCGACAUCCUGAUGAUCUCACCGCUGUUAUUGGCAGAGCUCAUGAAGUUGGCUGCACGAAACUCAUAGUUACUGGUUCAGACUUGGGUAACUCCCGAGAUGCUCUCAAACUCGCUGAAGCAUAUCCGGGUUCCGUUUAUGGAACUGCAGGUAUCCAUCCUUGCAGCAGCGCAGUCUUCAGUGAAGCCGGUCCCUCCCACGAGUCCGAGCAUACGCUGCCAUGCAACCCUGACCCCUCAGCCCCAGUCUCGGAGGAGCAUCCUCCCUGCUCAACAAAGACGGAGAAGCUCGUUGCCGACCUGACGUCACUCGUGACAGAAGCCCAAGCUUCGGGCAAGAAGAGCCUCGUCGCCAUGGGCGAGUUUGGCCUCGACUAUGACCGUCUGCACUAUUGCUCCAAGACCAUCCAGCUUCACUCCUUUGCCGCCCAGCUCAAGGUGGCUGCAUCGAUAACACCACAGCUCCCGCUGUUCCUGCACUCACGCGCUGCUCAUGCUGACUUUGUGCGUCUGUUGAAGGAUGCCUUUGGAGAGAAGCUCGAAAGACUGGAGAAGGGUGGUGUGGUGCACAGCUUUACCGGCACAACAGAGGAGAUGCGAGAGCUCAUGGACCUUGGGCUGUAUAUUGGCAUCAACGGCUGCAGCUUCAAGACUGUCGAGAACUGCGCUGUUGUCAAGGAAGUCCACCUUGACCGUCUCAUGAUCGAGACGGAUGGACCCUGGUGUGAGGUUCGACCGAGCCACGAGGGAUGGAAAUACUUGAUCGAAAAGAAGCCUGCCGUCGAGAAUGAGCAGAAUGGUGCUUCUGUUGCCCCGGACCCGGCUCAAAAGCCUCAGAAACAGAAUAAGAAGAACCAGAAGAAGGCGCCUGAAGUACCCGAACGCUUCAAGGUCGUCAAGAAGGAGAAGUGGGAAGAGGGCGCUAUGGUCAAGGGACGAAACGAGCCCUGUACCAUCGAGCGCAUUGCCAAGAUUAUUGCUGGUAUCAAGGAGGCCAGUGUCGAGGAGGUUUGCGAAGCCGCCUGGCGAAACACCGUGACAGUAUUCGGACUUGAAGACAACUAG